CCACGCUCGCGCCGACGUUCCCCACCACAUUCGUAUCCGAACCCCUCUUCCGACCCCAGAUAUUGUAAACAUGGACGGCGAAAGGUACAGCCCAAGCUUGAUCCGCCUCUGGAGGGUCUGGCGCACCACCAAGGAGAUGAUGAACGACCGGGGCUACAUGGUGGUUGAGGAUGACAUGACCAUGUCGCUCGAAGAGUUCUCACGGAGAUAUGCGCGCGAAGAUGGCGAGCCCGACCGCUCGCGCCUCAACUUUUCCUGCCAGCCCUCCGAGGAAAUGCUCGCAAAGUACACCGACGCCCCGACCAAGAAGAAUCCCAACCCCACCCCCAGCAUCGGUACCAUCUGGGUCGAGUUCAAUGCCGACGAGAACGUGGGCAUGAAGCAGUUGCGCGAGUACAUGGCACAUCUGGUCAACGGCUCCUUCCACUCCGGAAUCAUGGUCACCGUCAAGGCCAUGACCGGUAUGGCUAUUCGACUUCUCCGCGGCGCCACGAGCAUCACCGACGGUCCCAAGGGCGGCGUAGAGGUCUUUGUCGAGCAGGACCUGCUGGUCAACAUCACAAAGCACGAGCUUGUACCCAAGCACGUGCUGCUGAGCGAUCAAGAGAAGCAACAGCUGCUACAACGAUACCGUUUGAAGCAGACUCAACUACCCCGGAUUCAGUCCACGGACCCGGUUGCAAAGUACCUGGGCCUUAGGAGAGGCGCUGUUGUCAAGAUUAUCCGAAAGUCCGAGACAGCAGGUCGUUAUGCUAGUUACCGAUGGGUUAUUUAAAAAGCAGUCACGAAAAGGUGUGAGGAAAUCGACACGAGAUGUUGCAUAUGGCGAGGCGUUUGGCGAAACAGACGGAAUUUACCUUUUUUUUCCUCCCUUGAUAUCAUCUGCGAAAGACCAAAGUUUAUUCAAAAUAAAUUCACUUCGCGACCAACGUUUGUACCAUUCAAAGAAAAAAGGGCUGUUCCACAGUGUGAUCUUGUGCUUUAGUUGUCUUUUCUGCCGAAAGAGAAAGAAGGGAGAUGUAGGCUAUGAAAGGGACAGGAAUUGGUGACCAUGUUAAGAAGGAAGGACAACCAAGAAAACAAACCAAGGGUCUUAGCUGUGAAAUGUGGAAGACGGUUGAUAAUUAGGAGUUAUCAUGCUCAAUCAUGCUUGAUACCUUCUUAUGCGAGCAUCUAUUUAGUACGUAUGAAAGAAGCAGAACUACCGGACA